AUGAAGCCGCAUCAAACCAAACCAACUUCCAUUUCUUAUUUUCUCUUCUUUGUAUUCCUCUUCUCAUAUUUUACAUCCCUCGCAGCUCAGGAAGUUGAAAAGAAAGUCAUUAACAUAUCUAUUGUGGAUAUUGCAGAGGAUGAAAGAGAAUUCGAUUAUCUUCAUGAAAGUGGAAAGGGGCCAAAACAGUGGGGAGAGAUAAAGGAAGAAUGGGCAGCGUGUAAGAAUGGAAGCUUGCAAUCUCCUAUUGAUUUAUCAAGUCAUCGAGUCAAAUUAAUCCCACACUUGGGGAAUCUCAAGACCAGCUAUAAACCUGAUAAUGCAACCCUCAAGAAUAGAGGCCAUGAUAUUUCGGUUCAAUGGGAGACGAAUGCGGGAUCAAUUGAGAUAAAUGGGACUGAGUAUUUUCUAAAACAAUGUCAUUGGCACUCACCUUCCGAGCAUUCAAUCAACAACAGGAGCUAUGACAUGGAGCUUCACAUGAUUCAUAUAAGCCCUGAUCUCAACGUCACAAACAAGAUCGCUGUUAUUGCAGUCCUCUACAAGAUUGGUCGUGCCAAUUCUUUCCUCUCUACGUUGACGAGGCAUGUUAAAUCCAUGAUUGAUGAAAAUCAUGAGAUUAGCAUUGGGAUGACUGAUCCUAGAAAAAUUAAAAUCGGCGGGAAAAACUAUUACAGAUACAUGGGCUCACUCACCGUUCCUCCUUGUACUGAAGGCGUUAUUUGGACCAUCACUAAAAAGAUAAGAACAGUGUCAAGGGAUCAAGUAAAGUUAUUUCGAGAGGCUGUGCAUGAUUAUGCGGAGGUGAAUGCAAGGCCGGUACAACCACUCAACCUUCGAGAGAUCCACGUCUAUGACCAUAGCUCAAGGAGCACAAAUAAAUCCUGA